AUGCAUUUACCUCGACGUGCAUCGAAUUCUUCUCGCUAUAAUCUUCUGAAAACUCUUCGUUCAUUACGACUAGUUGUUGUUGCUUGUGCACACAAUGUGGAAAAAGACAUUCCAAAGUUUCGUUCGCAUGUGAAACGAAUCAUUCAUGUAUUUCAUCCAUCUUCACGUAUUCUCAUCUUCGAAAGUGAUUCAACCGACAAUACACUUGCUAUUCUUCGGCGAUGGUCUAAUGCUCAGAUCUAUACAGGAGGCCGUCUAAAAGCAACCAUUUUAUCUCGUAGCGAACGUAUUGCUUAUUGUCGCAAUGCACUUCUCGAAAAAGCUCGCACGCUAAAGCCCGAUUAUCUUCUGAUGCUCGAUUUGGAUAUAUUUGCUGGCAGUCUUUCAGCAUUUUUCACAAAUUUCGACUAUAAGACAGAAGACUGGUCUGCAAUGACAGCAAACGUAGGCGGCGACUAUUAUGAUAUUUGGGCACUACGCACACUGUCCGAUUUCAACCUUAACUAUGAUGUAUGGCAACGAGUGUCGGCAUUAAUUCGUUCACCGUUGAAUUAUUGUGGAGAAUCGGUUAUUGAUAAAGUGAUUGGCAUUCAUCAAAAGCACAUACCUAUCUCACGUGGUCUAUUAGAAGUGCGUUCAGCAUUUUCUGGCGCCGCUUUGUACAAAAUGAAUUCAACUGAAAAUUGCUGGUAUUCUGGAGCAAAUGCAACGAGCGAGCAUGUACACUUUCACUUAUGCAUUCGCAAAAAGAACCGAGCUCGAAUAUUUAUCAAUUCACGAUUUCGUAUUUGUUUUCGCCAUCCUUAA